AUGACUCUGCUAAACAAAAUUUGUUCACUAUACAAUGGAUUGCUAAAAAACCAUUUAGUCCUAGUGCAAAGUGUACAAACAGGCAUUUUGUGCGGAACUGGGGAUAUUAUUGCACAAACGGUAGCAGAGAAAAAAUCAUUGAGGGACAUUAAUUUACACAGAACGGGUGUCUUCGUAGCAUUAGGAUCAGGUUUUAUAGGCCCCACAAUUACAAUAUGGUAUAAAUUUUUAUCAAGAACUCUUGGGGAUAAAGGCAAAUAUAUAGCUCUGAAAAAAGUUGCUGCAGACCAAUUGCUGUUUGUCCCACCUUUUCAAAUAUGUCUCGUUUCGGCCAUCAACACCUUACAGGGCCGUGAUUUCGAGUUCACUAAGGAUCAGUUACGACUUAAGUAUACAGACAUUUUAAUAGCUGGUUACAAAUUGUGGCCUGCAGUGCAGAUAGUUAAUUUUUAUUUUGUUCCUCUGGGUUAUCAAGUUUUAGUGGUGCAGUGUGUGGCUCUAUUUUGGAACUCCUACUUGUCUUGGAAAACGCAAUUAGGGAUCGAAACACAAUGA